CAUGCCAUUCUGUUUUUAAAUCUCUCCCGCAUUUUGCAAAACAGACGCUAGUGUUAAAAAAUACCAACUGCUACAAAACACUUCAUUUUCUUUUUGUCCCAAAAUGGCCUCCGUCCAAACUUCUAUCAUUCUGCUUUCUGUUUCUCUCCUCCAAAUCUUCUCAGGUGUGUAUUCAGCAACAUUUACAAUCAUAAACAAGUGCAGCUACACAGUAUGGCCAGGAAUUUUAUCAAACGCCGGAACCGCACAACUCUCCACAACCGGCUUCCCGCUCGAACCAGGCCAGUCGAACACACUCGACAUACCAGCCUCCUGGUCAGGCCGCUUAUGGGGUCGAACCUAUUGCACCCAAGACUCCACCACAGGGAAAUUCUCGUGCGUCACAGGCGAUUGUGGCUCCUCCACGUUAGAAUGCUCAGGUAGUGGAGCCGCCCCACCAGCCACUCUAGCCGAGUUCACUUUAAACGGCUAUAACGGUCUUGACUACUAUGACGUCAGCCUCGUCGACGGUUAUAACCUCCCUAUGACGGUUGUGCCCCAAGGCGGAACCGAAGGGAACUGCACCGCAACUGGUUGCGUAGCUGAUUUGAACACCGCUUGUCCCACGGAGCUCAAAGUUUUGAGCAGCAGCAGCAGCGACGGGAGCGUGGCGUGUAAGAGCGCGUGCGAGGCUUUUGGGGACCCACAGUAUUGUUGCAGUGGGGCCUACGCAACUCCUGCCACGUGUAAACCCAGCUCUUACUCGGAGUUCUUUAAGAAUGCGUGCCCAUACGCCUACAGCUAUGCUUACGAUGAUGGCACCAGUACCUUCACAUGUGCAUCCGCGGACUACGUUAUCACCUUCUGCCCAGUACCAUCCACUAGUGUAAAGUCAACAAAUGGACAAUUCCCAUCCGCAGUUGCAGUGUCGGCGGGUAGACGUGACACAUCAGCAAAUUUCAUUGGCAGUGUCAUUACGGUGGCCACCGCACUAUGGCGGUUAUCAAAGCUGUUUUGAGUUGUCUCAGCCAACAUUAUUCAUGGUUGCACUAUGUAGAUACAUUUUCUUCCUUGAGAAUAACACCCCCACCGGAUCGAUUUAAGUGGUGGGCCCAUUAUCCGGAUUGAGUCAUCGGCCGACCUAGUGGGCCCCCCACAAUUUUGUCAAAGAGGUCACAAAGUCGCAAGUUGCAGUUGUGGAGUUAAAAAGGGACGGCCUAUAAGAGUUGGGCCCAAAUGGAUACAAACUUUUGUGUCUUGAUCAUAUAUCAUCAGUGAGUGUGUAUCUAGUCCGGCCUAUAUUGCUGGCCUGCAGUAGUUUUGAUUCUCUUUCCAACUUGAACGAUAACUACUUUCCGGUGCAAGAUGGUGAUGGGAAUCUUAUAAAAAUGGAAUACAAACACAUAUAAAUACAUCAUCAUUCCAAACUUUGAUUUGGAGAGGAAGAGCAUGAAUAAUAGCUCUUUUUUUAAAAAAAAAUUAUUAAGGAAUUUUCUGUUUCUUAAUGAUUCAAAUAGUAAAAUAACAUGGGAAUCUAAUAGUUCAAUUAGCUGGAAAGCCUGGGAUGUAAUUUUUUUGGAGCUGUUGCCUACUCAACGCCGCAAUAAUUAAGUUGACAUUUCUUUUCUUUUUUUUUUU